AUGGUUCUCUCUUACUUUGCCUCCCGGGACACACAGCCGUGUGACUCCAAAGAUGUGCCCCAGACCGGAUGGGGCUACUGGGGCAGCUGGGGCAAGUCCUUGCUCUCUUCAGCAUCUGCCACUGUAGCUACAGUAGGACAAGGUAUUUCCAGUGUCAUCGAGAAAGCAGAGACCUCCCUGGGGAUCCCAAGUCCCACUGACAUGUCAGCAGAAGUCCAGCAUGCUACAGGAGAAUCGACUGCCAAUGAGAAUGAAAACUCCUCUUCCAUGGCUGGGCCUUUAGGCAUGUUCUCAACCAUCUCCACCGCCGUUCAGAGCACGGGCAAAAGCAUGAUCAGUGGGGGGUUGGACGCCUUGGAGUUCAUCGGAAAGAAGACCAUGGAUGUCAUAGCUGAGGGAGAUCCUGGCUUCCGGAGAACCAAGGGUCUGAUGCACCGCAGCUCCACACUGUCUCAGGUUUUACGAGAAGCAAAGGAGAAAGAAGAGCUUCAACCUUCGGGUGAAGUGGCCGUGGAGACGGACAAGAAGACUCACUAUGGGCACCUCUUUGAUGAGUUCCAAGGCCUCGCACACCUAGAAGCCCUGGAGAUGCUUUCCCGGGAGAGCGAAGUGAAGGUUAAAUCAAUCCUGAAUUCUUUAAGUGGAGAAGAGCUCCAGGCUCUGAAAGUUGAAUUGGAGCCACUCAAAGAAGCGUUUUCCUUGGAAGACUUCUGUGAGGACGAGGAGGAAGAGAAGAAAGAGGACCAAGACUUUGCCCUUGAGGUGACAGAGCUGUUUUCCCAGCUACAAGUCUCCUGCAGGCCAGAGAAGCUCACCCGGGCCAGAAACAGAGCCUGUGCGUGGCUUAGGACACCUCGGCCACCUCCACCAGAGGAGAAAGAAGAGAAACAGGGAGAGAUGGAAGAGGCCAAGCAGAUCCUCGAAGUGUCCAUCCAGGAUAUUCAUGCCUUUGCCAUCCGGAGCCUUGCUGAGCUGACUGCCUGCUCCAUUGAACUGUUCCACAAAGUUGCUGCUCUGGUUCUACAUGGUGGGAAACAGGAAGUUGGUGCCCUGGAAAGAAGCAAAGCUCUGGCCCAGCUGACAGUCAUCCUGUGUCAAGAGCUGUCCUUACUGUCAAAGGAGUUCUCCACCCGCCUGACAGCUGCUGGGGUGGAAGAAAAACCUGAUGUCCUGAAUCCAAUCAUCACUGCAGUGUUUCUAGAGGCCUCGAACAGUGCCUCCUACAUCCAGGAUGCCCUCCAGCUCCUCCUGCCAGUGCUACAGUUCUCACUCAUCGAGAACACGGCAGUCGCACCCACAGGCUGCUCGGAUGCUGGUGUCCAGGGGUAGCACUGAGAAUUGGAUCCUCCUACACAUGGGUGAAAGUCCAGCAUAUCCGUUUGCUGCCUCUUCUGCUGCGUUCUCUGCUCAGCGUUGGCCUUGGGGGCCUCCACCGCUCUUCCCACUGGUUAUGACUAAUAAAUUAUUUGGAAAGACUCUGAGGAAA